UAUCAGUCUGUCAAAUUAUUCAGGUUAUGCUUGAGUUAGUGUACAGUUUUUAGGCGAUUAAAAUAAGAUCGAAAAAUAAUUAGAAACAUUAAAUCAUCAGUGAAGAGAAAUGGAUGACCCGGAACGGUAUCACCAUGCGGAAAUAUUAAAGUCUGAUAUGGAAAACUUUUUCGUCGAAUACAAAGCAAAGAUUCGCCUUCGUGCCGAUGGAAAAGACUCAUUGCUGGAUGUGGGCUGUGCUGGUGGCAACAUUACAGUCGACGUUAUACGCUCCACAUUACUACCGGAAACCUUUUCGCGUGUGGUGGGAGUUGACAUUAACAAAGCAAUGAUUGAUUACGCGAAUGAACAUUUCCGACUGCCGAAUGUUUCAUUUGACGUUCUGAACAUUGGCAGUGAUAUAACGGACUUUGCAACUGUCCACCAAUGUUUCGAUCACAUUACGUGCACCCUGUGUUUGCACUUGGUUCCCGAUCAAGAACGGGCUCUAAAAAAUAUUUUCAAUUUACUUGAACCGAACGGAGACUGUUUGCUGUACAUUUUGGUGGACUGUUUUGUGUUUGAUACAUACGGCAAGAUGCACAAGAAAUGGUCGAAAUAUAUGGACGACGCUGAUGACUUCAUUUCACCAUACUAUCGGCGAGUGAAUCCUGAGCAUUUUCUGAAGAAUUAUUUGAGAACAGCCGGAUUUGCUCGAUAUGAAGUUCAGAUGAGAAAGGAAACUCUAAUUUUCGAUGACAUCGAAACGUUCAAAGAGAGCUACCGGUCGGUUAUACCAUUUUUGCAUCGAAUGCCAUCAGUGGAAGCAGAGGAGUUUGUGAACGAAUUUGUGGAUCUAUCUUUGGAAGCGACGAUGGAAAAGAACGUUCUAAACAACGGUGUCAAGAUCAAAUUACCAUACACAAUCAUGACUGCCUUCGCAGAAAAAUGAAUUAAAUUCCAGUGAAAUUAUUCUCGUAAAAAAAUGAAAAAAGAAUGGAAUCAAUAGCCAAUUGAAUAAAGAACUUGAACUGCGUCGAA